AUGCACUUGUCGACUGAUUGUCUCAACACACUGAAAACCCACGAGUUUUGGAAAAGCACGGACAAUCCUUCACUUAAAAAGUUUCUAGAUUUUCGAUUCCAAAAAGGUGUUCUAAAAGGUAAAAACGGAGUACUCUCAGUACAAAACAAGAUAAUUGAGGAGGAAGCUCAGUUGCAACAAAACGAAUUAAAAAACCAGAUUCAUAUCGAACGGACCAGACAGAUUCUGGAUGCGACGAAAGAUAUCCGAAACCAAGAUUGUUUACUACGAGAAAUAACUACCAAGCAGAUUGAAAAAGAUCUGCUGAAUGAGUCGUAUGCAAAGAACGAGAAUUUAGAGGAAGAGGCACCUUCUACACCACCAGACAAGAUCAGAACCGUUCCAUCCAACGAGCAAGAGAAUGAUGCUAUAGCUAGUGGUACGUUGCAAAUGAGUAGCUUUGGCGGAAUCAAUGAUUGGGAAAGUGGAAAGAACAGCACUGAUGGUAGACGAUGCCGAUCUAGAGGAAUUUUUGAGGAUUACUGUAAUAAAUGCGAUAAUAUCUUUGACUUAUGUCAUAGUGACAUAAUGGACCUUGGACCUUCUUCAGAAGUAAUCUGGGAGAAAUUCGGGACAAACACAUAUCCAGAAUACAAAAUAUCUGAAAUAUGGGAAAAAUUAAUACAAGAUACAUUCAAGUAUGUUGCAAAAUCUGAAAAAAGUCUUGAAGUCCCUGUUGAAAGUAGCAAGCACCGACGUAAUGCUAACAUAAACCCAAUGGUUGACAAAGUCUUGGAAGCAAAACGUGCAGAUGGUCUUGCCCGUCUCUGGAAAAAUCAUGAGGAAGU